CAGUGGCAGAAGCUGAUGGGUGGAACAAACAGGGCAUGAAAAGACUAAUAUGACUAACGGAUCUUAGAAUUGUGGUACCCUUAUUUGGAUCUACAGGAAUGUAGACUUUAGCAGUUCUGCAGCUCUGCCAGCCUUUUUCCUGACACUGGAGUUGUUAUUCACAAAGUAGAAUCCUUCUGCUUUGUGCUAGGAAGGAUAGAAAAAGAACAUGGCCUGCAUUUUGAAGAGAAAAUCCAUUGUUGCAGUUAGUUUCAUAGCAGCAUUCCUCUUCCUGAUCAUCGUUCGUCUCACAAAUGAAGUGAACUUCCCUUUGAUAUUAAACUGCUUUGGACAAGCAAGUGUCAAAUGGAUACCAUUUUCCUACACCCAAAGACGGACUCUCAGAACCCACUAUGGAUAUAUAAAUGUGAAAACUCAAGAGCCUCUACAAUUGGACUGUGGCCUUUGUGCCAUUGUUUCAAACUCGGGUCAGAUGGCUGCCCAGAAAGUGGGAAUUGAGAUUGACCAGUCCUCCUGUAUAUGGAGAAUGAACAAUGCUCCCACCAAGGGCUACGAGGAGGAUGUUGGGAAGAGGACAACAAUAAGAGUGGUCUCUCACACCAGUGUGCCCCUGUUGCUCAAGAAUCCGGACUACUUUUUUAGGGAAGCCAACAGCACAAUCUAUGUCAUCUGGGGGCCUUUUCGGAACAUGAGAAAAGAUGGCAAUGGCAUUGUGUACAACAUGCUGAAGAAAACUGUUGACAGCUACCCCAGUGCCAAAAUCUAUGUGACAACAGAAAAGCGCAUGAGUUACUGUGAUGCUGUAUUUAAGGAGGAGACAGGAAAAGACCGAGUCCAGUCAGGUUCAUAUCUCAGCACUGGUUGGUUUACCUUAAUUCUGGCUAUGGAUGCCUGCUAUGGAAUUCACGUCUAUGGGAUGAUAAAUGACACCUACUGCAAGUCAGAAGGCUUUCGAAAAGUUCCUUACCAUUACUAUGAGCCAGGAAGAGAUGAAUGUGAUGAAUACUUUCUGCAUGAAAAUGCUCCCUAUGGAGGCCAUAGGUUUAUUACUGAAAAGAAAGUAUUUGCUAAGUGGGCCAAGAAGCACACAAUAAUAUUUACGCACCCCAACUGGACAGUGUCUUGAUGCUGGUUCCUUUGGUCCUCCUUUAGUAGCAUAAUAUUACAAAAUUGCCUCAGUUUACACUGAUUUUACUUACAUCUGACUGGACUUUCUCAGACUACCUGCCGAAUAUAAAACUGAAAAAUAAGAUGAUGAUUCAGCUGUUAAGCAAAGUUUACCAGUCUGUGGAAGGCAGAUGAGUUUCUUGCUUUAUCUCUUAGGGCUUCACACCACAUAAUGCACUUUAUACUUUAACUGGAUUUUAAUUCAAGACAAUGGCAGUUUUAAGAUGACAGUGGUUUUGUGUUAUACAUGUUUAUGCACACAGAAUGGUGGCUCUUUAAUCUGGUCAAUUGCCUUAGAUAAUUAAAAUGAAUAUCUGCAGCCAGUGAACCUCAAGGUUUGCAGUACAAACAGCAAUUUUCUAUAAGGAAAUGCAAGGAAAUAUAGGAAAUUCUGAGGUAACUAUGUAUAGUAAUCUUAUAUAUGACUAGAAAAAUUUUAAGGACCACCAAAGUGUGUGUGUGUGUGUGUGUGUGUGUGUGUGUGUGUGUGUGUGUACAUUGACAUGCACCUGAACAACCAAGGGUAUAUUAAAAUAAGAGAUGGGAUAAAUAUGGUUCCUGAUCUGUAGAACAUUCCCAUAUAAAAGGUUAUUCAUAGGGUAGAAGCCCAUGAGUAACUCAGGAGCUCUGAAAACUGACUUACCUCUAUACUAGCUGGCCUGUAACUGUUUUGGAUGAUGUUUCAAACAUUUGCAGGUUUUAAGGGAAACUUCUUUGUGUUGGCUAAUAUAAGUUCUCCUUCUGGGAUAUCAACCAUAGUUGUACCAGGGUUGCAAAGCGGUAGCUUUACAAGCAGAAUAAUAACAAAAUCUUGGAGAGUAUUUGAGGUCAAGAGGGCAGAACUUGAAGUUAUAUCUAUUCUGCAAUCAGAAGACAUAAUUGCAGCUUGUGUGGCCAGACCCAAGUUAGUUUUAAACUGGAGCUCAUUGCAGACUUGCUGCCCAAGUAUUUACAUGCAUACCUGGGCAUUUUGUAACACAUUCUGAAUCAUGGGCUGUUGUGGCUGUGCUGCUAGCAGUACUAGAGCAAAGUAUGUUAAAUGCUCACUAACAUAUGUCUAAGUGAGGUGCCGUCAUACCGUGGAACGCAGUCUAGACAUACCCUUAUAGCAUGUUGUUCCUGAGUUCUAACACCAGUUUGGACCGUUAACAGCCGGGCAGUUUGUUUCAUUUUUCUACUUCAGUUUGUCCAUCUUUAAAAAUGGGGAUAGUAUUUAUCUACCACAGAAGGGCAUUGUGAGGUGUAACUAAUAUCCAUGAAAGACUUUGCAGAUAGAAAAAAUGCAAUGUAAGCAUCUAUUCUUACAACAACACUGAUGAUACCCAGCAUAAACUCUUGUAUGUUGGAAAGCUAAGGAGACUGACAGCCAUGUUAGGAUUCGAUCCUGCUGGGUGCAGGGCACUUCCUUUAAUUGGGUGUCAUUUUCAAUAAUGAGGUCCUCAAUGUGUGGUGACUUCAGCUGAAAUUGAGGAGUCAGCACCACCCAGGGUUAUCCCAUCAAUCAAGCUACUCAAGAAUUAUCAUAUUUGUCUGCCUCUACUUGAAACACAUUGCUCUGAGUUUAUCAUCACUAAAAGAUUUCAGUUGCAGCAGAACUAUUUUUAAUGUGACGUAAAUCAACAAAAUAUGAGAGCUUUCUUAACUGUAUUUAAAUUAACGUGCAAGUCUCUUUACGUUUGGAAGAUUUCCUGGGAAUAUUUUAACUCCUGGAAUUUCAGCUUCAUCACUGUAAGAACCAAUACUGUGAAAACUUGAAAGACGUAUGUGUGGAACAGGCACACAGGUUUUAUUCACACUGCUCAAACGUUAAAUGACAGGAACUUUGUAUGCUUUUGUAAAUCGUAAAAAGGGGAAAGUAAAAACCUAUUUUUACAUGUAAGUAUUUGUACACUUCCUGUAUUUCCUAUUGUAUAUUUGUAUAUAUAAAUCUAUAUUUUAUAUGUCUACAGCAUACACGGUUUUUCUCAUCAUCAUCAAGUGCUACCCUUCCAAAAUGGAGGAACUGCCCUUCACCAAUGCUCUUGUUUAUUCAUUAAGUUCUUGUUGUUAGUGAUGCCGUAGUUCAUUCUCCUUUUUUUCUCAGGCCAAAUUCAGGCAUUUCUCAUUGUGGCAUCUUUUCCCUUUUGUUUUUUAAGAGACCAGAGUUUUCGCCACAUGUGAUUUAGUGAUUGCUUAGUUGCACACACUGCUUGGUAUGCUGAGGACAAGAUGUAUCUUGGGGCAAGGCACUGGGCUAAGUCUUAGGAGAUUUAGGUUCAAAUCCUUGCUUUGUCACAGUCUUCUUGUGUGGCUUUUGGUAGGUCAUUUGACCUCUCUGUGCUUUAAUUUCUCAUUUGUACAACAAGAACUAUAAUCUUUCUUUACUCCCACUCUUUGUCUGUCUUGUCCAUUUGACUGUAAAUCCUUUGAGGUGGGUACCAUAAUUCACGAAGUGUUUGUACAGUAUUCAUGAGAAUAGGCCAUUUGUGACCUCUAGUCACUACCACAAUAUACAAAUCAUAAUUAUUAAAAUGACUGCUUCCUGUUGUGGGAGUUUAAGAUCUUCUGUAGAUCAAAACAGCAAGGGAUGAAAUCAGGUCAGUAUGGGAAAAGGGUCAUGGAAAGAUGAAGGGUUACAGCAGUGAGCUAGAUUUCCUGUUAAGGGCAAAUGUAUCUUGUCAAUUUUCAGAUGGAUGACUGGAUAGACUGAAGGCUAAUAAUAACAAACACAAUGCAAGAUUUGAAGGAAGAACAUGAGGAUACUGGGGAUAUAACACUGGGAUAUUCUAUGCAUACUGGGAAAAUGGACAGGUCACUUAUGGGAAGAGGAGUCAGUCCUGUCCAAUAAACUACGCUGAUAGAAUUUACAGACUAGUGGGGAGAGCAGGCUACACCUAAGGGUGAAAUAUGGGUAGAAACUGUGCCAACGGGGCAGAAGAGCUUACACGUAGAGGAAGAUCUAGCAUGGUAGAUACUAGAUUCCUCACAGCUAUAGCCUGCAAGUCUCUUACAGUACACCAUCACCCUCUCUGAUGGAUAUAAACAGGACAGCACAUUAAAUAUUCUUUCCACCUCUUAUCAGUCGUGUUGGUCCUUUUUUCUGCAGCCAGAGCCUAAAAGAACACCUCCAAUUGCAUCCGAUUGAGCAUUAUGAUUGUUGAGACCCACUUUUCUCUCCAUGGGUUUGCUUCAUUUAUAUUUUAUUGUGUAUAUAAAAGAUGAAGAAACUGGUUUUGAAAAAAUGUCUCCUUCCUUAUCCAAAAAAUAUGAAUGAAAGCUGUUCCACAGUAAGUACAGAACAAGGACUUCAUGUUUAUAUCUGCAAGCAGAAUGGACAAUAACAUUCAAGCCUGAAGGCAUGAUAUUUAUAUGAUAAUUGGAACUUGCUCAGAUUACCAUAUAUCUGUUGUAAAAUAUAUGAAGCUUUAUUCUGAAAAAUAAACAGGGCAAAUUCAAAUAUUUAAAUGAAUUGUGUCCCAGAAAGAGGAAGCAGGUGGUAUGCCACACUAAAAACCAGAAAUGUCAAAUUCUAUUAAUUUUACAACUUGGAGACUUAACUUGUUUUAAAAUUUGCUAUGAUGUACAUCAGGGGUGGGCAAAAUACAGCCCGCGGGCCAGAUCCAGCCCACGAGAUCAUUCUAUCUGGCCCGCAGGGCCCCUAAAAAAUUUAGAAAAUUAAUAUUUUUCUGCCCUUGACUCCUGUCAAAAAUGACAGGAACCAAGGGCAAUAGGACUCAGGGGAAGCCCUGGCAGGCUCCCACAACAGCAGGGCCUGCCCGGCCCCGCCCCCCCCAGCUGGAAGGGGCUUCUGGCCUGGGACCAUGCGGCUGCCCCACGCCAGAACUGCAGGUAAGGGGAAAGACAGGGGAAGGGCAGGGAAGGAGCCUGGGGAAAAGUGUCUCAGGGAAAAGCUGAGUGGGGGGAAGGAAAAGCAGUCCCUUGCCCGCCCUGUGGCCAGCACCCCGAGCUGCAGCCACUUGAAGCCUGCCUGAGGCUGCGUGUGCCUGCUCCGGACAGCCCCACACAGGCUGCGAGUGGCUGCAGCAGGGAGCACCAGCCACAGGGUGGGGGACGGGCCUCUUUUCCCCUCCCCAUGCUCAGCUUUUCCCCAGGUUCUUUCCCUGCUCCUUCCUAGCAUGGAGGAAAGUGGCCUUUCCCUGACUAGUGGCUAGCACUCCCUGCUGCAGCUGCUCACAGGCCAUGCAGGGCUGUCCGGAGCAGGCACAGGCAGCCCCACAUGAGCUGCGAGCAGCUGCAGCAUGGGGCGCCGGCCACAGGGUGGGCAAAGCGCUGCUUUUCCCCCCUCAUGCUCAGCUCACCUUGUAACCUGGCCCCACUACCAGCCUGGGCCCCAUGCUGGCUCCGGGCUGUCCCAUCGGGGCUGCACAUGGCGACAGCAGCUGUAGCUCCCCUGCUUGCCGCACUGGGCAGUGUUUGCCACCAGUGCUCCGGGCAAGCAGCAGCAGCCAACACUACCUGGCACAGCACAUGGGAGGUCCACAGCUGCUGCCACCAUGCUCAGCCCUGACAGGCGAGCCCGGAACUGGCACAGAGCCCAGGCUGGCAGCAGGGGUGGGUUACAAGCUGGUGCUGAGUGUGGGGAAAAGCGGCCCCUCACUCGGCCCAUGCCCAGUGCCCUGCGCUGUAGCUGCUUGCAGCCCGCGUGGGGCUGCCUGUGCCUGUCCUGUGUGGUCUGUGAGUGACUGCAGCAGAGAGUACCAGCCAUGGGGCAGGUGAGGGGCUGCUUUUCCCCAUGCUCAGCACCAGCUUCUUCCCUGCUGGUGAGCAGUGGGUCGGGGCUGUGCGCUGCCCCCUGCCUGUACUGUGGGGCUAAGGCACACUGGGAGUGGGCAGGGAGCCAGUGGAUACACAGGGCCCACAGCAGUGUCCUGGGGCCAGUGCCGGUGGGGCCCAGAGCAGGGUGGCAGGAGCGCGGGGUCCCAGCUAGCAAGGGCUCUCCCUGCUGGUGCAGCCCAGCCCGGCUCCACAGACCCCUGCCACCCUAUGCCUCAUGUUGUACCCCACCAGUGCUGGCCCUAGGACAUGGGACCAGUGUCCCAAUGUCUUGGGACCAAAGACAUUGGGACAUUGGUCCCAAAAUGGUGACCAGGGGGCAGGGCACCUAUCAAAGGCCAGGGCUACUCAUGCAGUCCUCGACAGCUUGCCAAAACUGGGUAAGCCACCCAAAAUAAUUGCCCACCCCUGAUGUACAUUCACAGAUAAUGGCUGACAAACCUGUUACAAACACCCAUUCGUUUGUAGGUGUUCCAUUCUGACUUUGUAUCUAGGAUUUCCAGCAUAUUAUUUUGAAAAAAGGCAUUUUUUUUACUGGUUUUAGCAUUGCUAUGUAGAUGCUUACUUAAGGUGUAGACAGAUUAAUAAUUCUACUAGGAUUAAUCAGAGGGGUUGCUUAUUAUGGAUCUGCUGAUCCAGAGUAACUCUUUUAUUACCACUCUUUUCCAUGGCAGCUUUUCCCUGAAUAAAACAACUGUUGAAUUCCCAGGGUUGGUAUCUACUUACCACAAGAUAGAGCAGAUGAAUGAAACAGUUCUUACAGAUUGGUUAUUUCUAUAUAAACUUGAUAUAACCUGUUCAGCUCUCCAGACUGUGAGGUUUACAUAUUUUCUUGACCAAGGAUCCCAGUUCAGUGAAGCAUUUGAGUAUGGACCCUAAAAUAUCCCACUUCAGAAAAAGUACCAGCAAGUAUAUUCUUUACCACUGAGUAAAAAAAGCCCACAAAAGCAAGGAAUGAUAUAAAUGGGUGAAUCUGCGGCAUAGAAUCUGCUCUAUGGAAUAUUUUGUCUCUGUCUGGACUAAACUAGAGCAUCCAAUCCCCUUCCCCCUCAUGCAAUAGCUAGUCAGAAAAUGCAUUGUGGGCAUGUCUACAUGUGCAUUUAUGCAGGCUUAAAUUUACUGCACAGUAAGUGGGAAUAGUCCAGCAUCUACAUGUGCAUACAUUAAAGUGCAUUAACUCUGUGUGUGGACUGAUUUGGGACUAAAGUUAGUCCCAAGUCAGUCCACAUACACAGUGUUACUGUGCAGUAAUGCAUCUGUAUGUGCAUUACUGAGCAGUAGCUAUUGAGGUGUAAAUUUGAUACUUGCAUGAUGCAGGUAUCAAAUUUACACUCAAGUCGGUGUAAGUCACCAUAUUUACUGCACAAUAUGGGUGUGCACAUGUAGACACUCACCAGUAAUUUCACUUACUUCACAUUAAGUGUGCAUGUAUAGACAUGCUCCCCACACUAACAGCUAAAUGUACAGCGGAAUUUAGAACAUCAUUAAGACUGCGUUUGUCACAAAGCAAAUUUGUAUUGCUAUCAGCUUGUAGUAGGCUCCUUGGACUUAUAGUUUGAGUGAAAUCGCAUUUUAGAAAACAGCAUUAAGCUUCAGUCACACCAAAGUAAAUGAACAUUGGUUCCCUUAUUUAAAUGAGACUCUCUUUAGUAUAAACUACACAUGAAUUUGCAUGAUUUUUAUUAUAUGAGUAAGGAACUGUGACCACUGUGUUAAAGAUUCUAUAAAGAAAUGGUUUUGUGGGAAUUUGUUAGAAAUCAACAUUGCAAUAUGAAAGAAAGAAUUUUAUCACCGGGCUGUAUUAGAAACCUUGAUCACUUACCUUUUAAGAGCUAUUAAGACAUAAGUUGAGAGUUGUAUUAAUUCUUUAAGAAAAAGACAUUGAAAUUUACCUGACCUUAACCGGAUGAUAAUUGCUUAUUCACUCAAGCAGUCCUGUUUUAAUCUACUGCUUAAAUAAAUAAAACAAGCAGGGAGCUGACCUGAAGACUUCAAGAAUAAUAGUCACAAAUACUUGCACAAUGUUUUACCACCAGAUAUUGGAUAAGUGUACCACAAAUAUUUUUCUUUCAUAAUUCAGUCUACUCUUUCUUAGUUUAGUUAUUUGCCAAAGAGGUUAUAUGCAAAUAUUUUCAUCCACAUCCAAUAAAUUAUUUGCAAAUAUUAGUCUUGAUUUUGCAUAAAGAUAGUUAGCUGUGUUAGUCUGAAGAAAGGUCUGAGAUAGGGUAGGAUGGCACCUUAGAGACUAACUGGUUCAGAGAGACAUAAGCUUUUGUAGGCAACAGCUUACUUCAUCAGAUGGUAACAGGUCUAGCAAACUAGGUUGUUGCCUAUGAAAGCUCAUGCUUCUGUGAACCAGUUAGUCUCUAGUGCCACCCUGUCCUAGCUUCUACCUAUCCUUAAUUUUGAUAAGAAUAGGUACAUAUGUUUAACUAACAUUUAAUUAAUUAAUCUCUGAUAGCAAAUCUAAAAAAAACAUUGAAAACGGAAAAAAAAAUUUGAAGUUGAAAAAAUGUAGGCAAUUUUUUUUCCAGAAAAUGAUUCCCAAUUUUUAAGGAGCUCUAAUUGCAUGCUACAUUGUUACAUGUAUGUAACUUUCAUACAUACAGAUGACUUUGCAAUUAUACGUAAUGUGUUUCAGGUUGUUUCCUGCCAAGUCCUACAUUGUCAUUGAGGGUGCAAUGCAAAGCCAGUAGUGAGUCAGUUGAAUUAGUACCAUGAUCUUCAUUAGGCUUCAUUAGGUGCAAAAUGCUUAUCUCUGUAAUACUUUGAACUAAGGUUAGUUGUGUUUUGCAUGGAAAGAACCAUACAAGCAGAUUGCAUUAUAUCAAUCAUGAUGUCAGGAGAAAACAAAUUGAAUACACUUUGUACUAUUACAGCCAAGGCCCAGUGACCAGGUAACCACACUAUGACAGUGGGACCCUGGAUAGGAUAGCUGGUAUCAGAGCAGAGACAGUUAAACAAGCCAUAUAUCCAUAAAAGAAAAUUCACCUAUGAAUUAUAAAUGUCUGUUGCUUUAAAAACUGACACUUUAGAUAUUGGAGCUUGCAUUGGGUUAAAAAUCUUUUCUGACUAUAUCUCAGAAGUAAUGUAUGCCCCUUGUUAUACUAGAACUUGCCUUUGUCAAAGCAUAGAGUAACCAUUAGAGUAAAAGUCCCUGUCAAUUGCCGAAGGAUUGUGUUAGAUCUCUGCCUGGGCAAUGCUGCAUACCGAGUUCAACAGUCAUUUAUUUAUUUUUAAAAAAGAGCCUGUUUUUCUCCUGACCAGAUAUAACUUGUUAAUUUGUUCUUUUAAGCACAACGUGUUUCAUUUUCAGCAGCUGUGUCCCAUUCUGUUUCUCCUUUUCUUGGAGGAUGCAGAGAAAUGCAGUAUAUACACAUGAAGGUGAAGAAUGCGGUAGUGAAUAAACAGCCAAACUCCAAAUUAAUGUAUUUUUUUAGCACCCGUAUGUUUGCAUGUAAAGAUGAAGAAUAAACUAAUUCUUUGUUUACUCCCUGUAUAAUCCACAGAAUCCUUGUAUCUGUGGACAGAUUUAGUGCCUCUCAACUAAAACUUUCAGGGGCUAAAGGGAAAAGAGAAAGAAAAUCUUUCCAUGAAGAGACAAGGAUCUCUGGGAGCAUAGGGCUGUCUUUAUGGAGUUCUGUGGCUCUAAGCCCCAACCCAAUCCUGCCUCAUAGUCCCAUUAGAUGAUCCUUCCAGCACGGCAGUCUGGCGAUCACCUGCCCAGUGUCUGUCCACUCCAUUCCCCCUAGAACGUGACCCUAGAGGGCAUCUUCCAUGGAGUCCUGAGAAGAGGGAUGGUGCAAUAAUACAGAGAGUCUCAUUCACUGCUGUACAGGAAGAUCUAAGCCUUGAAUCUAAGUAUUGAAUGUGGUUGUGUAAUUGGGAGGGAGGCUGUUAAGAAAAGUGUUAUUCAACUGAAAUAUCAUUGAGGUCUGUCAUUGUCAGUAUGUUUCAGCUUCAGCUUACUUAAAAAGAGCUCUGAGUUUAAGGAUCCAUCAACCUUUGAUUUGAAUGAAUCAUUGGCUGCUAUUUCUGGAAAAAUCCUCUAGAUACACAGGCAUUAAUAUGGUCUAUUGCCAUUCUGAUUUACUGGCCCUGAAGAGAUUGUAAACUUGAACUAAUGCAUGGUCUAACCAUAUGUAAUGCAUGAUAGCAUGUUAUAUAUUAUUUUAUUCUUUUUUAUACUGUAAGAAUAAUGGAAAUUGUGUGCAGACUUGUUUUCAGUAAUGGUAGCUUUCUCUCUCUCUCAUAUUAUAUGGUGUUGAAAUGUAAUGUUUUGCUUCAAGUAUGUACCAGUGCCAUUAGCAGACUGCGGCAUAUGAACUAUUGAAACCAGUCAGGAAACAUUUACUAAACUUGACAUUUUUCACUUGAAUAUCAGAAAUAGUUAGUCAUUUUUUUUUGUGAACUUACCCUAGGGCUCAGCUAUCAUUUCUGUGCCCUGCUAUAAGGAAAACCCACAUUUGGGUAAAACCUCAGGACUGACUCUCUUGCCAGUGUCAAAUAAAUUAUGUUGUUGGGGCAGCAUUCUCAAAUGUUUGACAUCUGUGGGAGUACCUUCUUUUUUGCAUGAUUUCCACAUGUGACAGGAUAGAUGUGGUAGCUGCACAGUUUGUUCAUGUUGAUGCUCCUGAUAAUAGCAUUUCUGAGGCUGGAGAAAACUUUUCAUAUGCUCCCAAUUAUAAUGGCUACUCAUGUGUCCUUUCCUUAGCAUGUGAACACACACACACACACACACACACACACACGGAGUUGACAGAUCAAGAAGCCUUUUUUCCAUAAAGAAACAAUUCGGACUGAGGAAAAUGAGUACUCCCUACAGCAGCGAUUCUCAACCCUUUUAGAAAUGAGGCACUCCUCAUUUGGCUCAAGGCACCCCUCCAGGACUUAUACGCAUUGGGCAGCACCCAAUUUCAAAUGCUUUUUAUUACAGUGCCCCUUCCUGGAGAGGGGCUGGGCAGUGGGAGCAGGACAGCUGCUGGCCAGGAACAAGCCUAAGCCUGUAUUUAUCUCCUCCCAACUGCUUCUCUCCUCACACCUCACAGCACCCUUCAAAAGACCUCUCUGCUCCCCAGGGUGCCUCAGCACCCUGGUUGAGAAUCAGUGCCCUAUAAAGAGAACUAGUAAAUACAAAACUCUUUAUUGCUUUCAUCAAUGACCUGGCAUGUUCUCGAAGUGACUGACUUAAACAUACUACAGCAGUGAAGCUCAAGCUUUUAGAGUGGGAGACCAGGCCCCCCCGGGAGCAGAAGGGGUGAGAGAGAGAAGGGGAAAGGAAGUGGCUGGCAAUGCCAGAGGAAGGGUGGUGGGAAGGAGAAAGGCAAAGAGCCUACCUUUAGGCUGCAAAGGAGAUUAGAGCCAAGUUGUAGGGCAAGGAUGGGGAUGCCCCGGGCUGAGCGCUCCUUGGUACUGAUCGAUCCCCUGUGCCGCAGGCCAGAUCCAGUCACUCUGGAGGUCAAAUCCAGGCCAUAGGUUGGGCACUGCUAUACAACCCUGGGAUAAGUAACGUCCACUCAGCCUGUCUCUCAACACUUAUCUGCUGGCUAAACAAAAGCUCCAGGGUUGUGUCUUUCCUCUGUUUGUUCUGGUCUGGGAUCAUUCCCUUCAGAGCCUCAUUUCUUUCAGCUAUGAACCUCCUUCUCAGGCAGUGUGAGCAAAGGGUUCUCACUGCCUCAGAAAAUCAGCUCCUAAACUUGCUCCACAAAUCAGAAAUGUGAUACAGCAUGGUACAAUCCAACGUGCACACAAUCUGGAAAGUGCUCCUUUUGAUACUGAUAUAAUUUUCAUUCUACUUACUCUAAACAGGCAUUUUAUCAAGUUUACACUUGGUAUUUAUAUUGCUUUGCUGUACACAUUGUUUUUAUAUACUGCAUAACACAUAUCUUUCUGCUCAUCGUUUCCAGAGACGGGAGCAGACUUAGGGCAGGACAUACUGUAAUUGCCUGGGAACCUGAGCUGGUCAGGACCCCCAUUGCACUACAGGGCUCUUUUAGCGUGGUUGUCUGAUACAGAGUAGGGGCCCAGAACUGAACCUUUGCAGGGAGCCUCCGAAAGAUAAACCUCACCGCUGCUUUCUCUUGUUGCCUGCCAGUACCUAUCUGUGCAUGUGUGUUUGUACAUAGUAUUUGCCCGUUUUUAAUAAACUUGCUAUUAUGUAUUAUGUAAACAUUAUGUAAACAUUGAAUUGAUUUAAAAGGUUUGCAUUUUGUAUUAUUAUUGUUUCUCCUUCAUUUUGCUUUUGUUAGUGCUGACAAGUAUAUGCACUCUAGAUUUAGGAGUCUUUCAUACAGUUAACAUUUAUUUUGGGUGUUUUGUCAUUUAUUUUUCUUACUUUUCACUCCCAUUGGGAGUAUGUGCUUCUCUGUAUUUGCAAAGUUGUGCCUGGGAUAUCUUAACAUUUGAACAAUAAAUAUGUACAAUUUUCCAA